CAAUCUGAAGAGAGUCACAAUCUCCUGAGAUUAGAAACGAAGUACGAACUCGAAUCCAGAUGGUGAUCAGAUCUCUUUCCACCGCCAUUGCAUCGACGGCCAAGAGAUUUGUUCAUCAGAGCGGUUCCUGUUGCUGGGGACGACGAGCUCUCUCUUGUGCCACCGCUGAUUACAGAGAUACACUGAGAAACGAGCUACAUGAUCUAAAGCUAGAUGAUGCGAUUGGUUUAUUCAACGUCAUGGUUCGAUCUCGUCCCCUCCCUUCAACUUUCGAUUUCAGUAGAGUGUUGACUGCGAUCGCGAGGAUGAAGAAGUUCGACAUCGUCAUCACUCUCUGCCAAGAGAUGGAGCGUUUAGGGAUCCCGCAUAACAUCUACACUUGCAACAUUCUCAUCAACUCUUUCACCCGGUGCUCUCAGUCUCACCUCUCUCUUGCUUUAUCCUUUCUUGCGAAGAUGGUCAAGCUUGGGUACGCUCCUGAUAUAGUCACGCUCAGCUCCUUGCUCAACGGGUUCAAGGGGGUCUCAGACGCAAUGUCGUUCUUGAAUCGAAUAGAGGGGAUGGGAUACAAACCGAACGUUGUCAUCUACAACACUCUCAUCGAUUCUCAUUGCAAAGGCGGUCGUGUGAGUGAUGCACUCCAAGUGUUCGACGUAAUGAAGGGGAAAGGGGUUGCGCCGAGUGUUGUUACCUACAAUGCUAUGAUAAGGGGUCUUUGUAAGUCGGGGAGAUGGAGUGAAGCUGAUGGGUUGCUUAGCGAUAUGGUGGAGAAGAGAAUCCAGCCGAAUGUGGUUACUUUCAGUGUGUUGAUCGACGCGUGUGUGAAGGAAGGGAAUGUCUUGGAGGCUAAGGAGUUGUACAAGGAGAUGAUCAGUAGGUCUGUAGUUCCUGAUAUUCGCGUUUACAACUCACUCAUCAAUGGUCUUUGCAUCCACGGUCGGUUAGACGAGGCGAGGAAGAUGCUUGACUUCAUGGUAAGCAAGGGCUGCGUCCCGAACGUGGUGACGUAUAACACUCUCAUUAAAGGGUUUUGCAAGUCUAAGAGAGCGCACGAUGGGAUGAAACUCUUCUGCGAGAUGAAUCACAAAGGAGUGCGCGGCGACGCGUUCACUUACAACACUCUCAUCCAUGGUUACUGUCAAGUGGGGAAGUUUAGUGUCGCCCAAAAGGUUAUGAAGCGGAUGUCAGAGUCUUGCGUGCCUCGCGAUGUCAUCACCUUCAACAUUUUGUUAGAUUGUUUAUGUGGUAUUGGGAAGAUAGAGAAAGCUUUGACGAUAUUUAGGGAUAUGGAAAAGAAUGAGAUGGAAUUUGAUAUAUUUACUUAUAAUAUCAUCAUUCAUGGGAUGUACAAGUCUGGUAAGGUGGAAGAUGCCAUGGAGUUGUUUUGUAGCCUGAGCCUUAAAGGAGUGAAGCCUGAUGUUGUAACGUACCGGACAAUGAUCUCGGGAUUGUGUAGGAAAGGCCUGCGACACGAAGCGGAUGUGCUGUUUAGACAGAUGACAGAAGAUGAGUUUCUGCUACUGUACAAUUUGUAGGAAUCCUCGUAUUCAUUUGUAUAACCUCUUUGAAUAUAGGAAGAUACAGAGAUACAAAGAGUAAUAUAGAAACAUACUUGUUUGGUCUAAAUUUGACUUAGAGAUUACUCCGGUGGUUGGAUCAAAGAGUCAACAUUGCAUUGUGUAAGGUGGCGAAAACUGAGUUAAGGGAAAAAAAAAAAACUGCUCUUGGUGAUCAACGUGUAGAUGGGUAACUGAGAUGCCCGACAUUAAGAAAUGAGUAGUAAGUGAAAGACAAUUGUGGCUGAGCGGUGAAGAAUAAGCUUCAGUAACGCAUGUGAAAAUCCAAAGUGCAUUGAGAUUAGUAUGAUUGCUGCAAGCAUUUGAAACUCGACUGUGCUGUCCUCCAUUUCUCGUAACUAGAAUCAGUUGGUUUGUAAUUAGUGAACCUGUCUUUGUUUCUGCGUGGCUGUGAUUUUGAGCUCUUCAUGGUGUUUAGAUUGACAAUGCAGAUCCAUGUGAUUUCAUGGUAGCAGGGAGAGUUAUGAGUGAUGUUGCAAAAAGAAGAUAAUCCAGCCAUUAUUUGAGUUGUGACAAGGAAGCUUAUGCCCUGAUGAGUGAUGACGUCCAACAAUAUUAAAUAUUGGUUCCAAACGUGAUCCGAUCUGCCAUUAUUGUUGAGGCACUGAAGAAGCGUGUUUCUUGAGAAAGGACUUAUGGAACAAAAAAUGUAGGAAAAGCUUCAGAAUUGUCAUAGCCAUCAUCAAAAGUUUCUGAUUGGUCCCACAACGCUUUGAUUCUUGUUCUUGCCAAAGAAACGAACUAAAAGCUUAUUCUUGCUUGUAAACCGGUAUUUACUAUCGAUUGUCAUACUUUUACAAAGUGAAGAAAUAAUUAUCCGUU